AUGGGCAUUGACAAUGGUUGUGUGGACCUACCUGCCGUGCUUGCACUGGCAGAGACUCCAUUGGAUUCCGGGUGUACAUUCGCGACGCCCACUGAUGGCAAGGACCAUCCAGCAGAGCAGCCCGGCACCCGCACUCCAAGCACCGUUGUGUCGCCGACGAAUCCACGCGAAAUCUGCGAGAAUGAGGUCUGGUGGAAAGACGGCUGGGAGCAGAUGCACCAGCCGGCGAUAAUUGAGGAUGUCGCCCACAGCGUCCAGACGGUGGAAGCUCUGCGACGCUGCCAGCCGAGAAAAGGCACAUUUGCCAACGUCACGCUCCCAGACCGGAGCCAUGGCGGCAAGUCUGGUCGGUGGGUCUUCUAUGUCCACGAUAUCCUGGAGCCUGCGCUAGGGGGCGACACUGGCCCGCGUCUUCUUGUUACCAAGUAUUCCCACCUCGCCGAUCACCCGACACUGGGAGUGGCGAGCGCCAGGGAGGGUGAUAGAGAACUGCUGCUGCACUGGAAGGACGUAGACCAAAUGGGCCAGCGCGAUGAUGCCGAGCUCAUUGAUGCUAGUGAUGUGGUGAUGGCGGAGAGGAAGGACGGUGAUCCGUCUGUCUCGUGCACCGUGAUUCCGCCCUGCGCAGACAUUCCUGCUGUCGGAUAUUUCGCCCGCUUCGGCGUCCGGGAUGCCGCGCAACCUGGGCCGCUCUUUGUGACAGCCCUGCAACCAGUCCCCGCCGCCGCAGGUCAACCUCCGCGGCCACGGUUCGCUCCGCUGCCCGCCCCAACCGUCAUCGACCUAACCCCCGGCCAUGUGGAUCUGGCGGUAGGCUUCGAAAAGGCCGGUUACCGGAUCCGUGCUGCCAUCGGCUUUGACGAGCAUCGCCACCAGGCAUGGAGGGAACAACAUCCGAAUGCCGAAGUCUAUGCCGGCCCGCUAGCGUCUAGUCUCGCUCAAUGGGAUGCACAGGGGACGACGCUGACCGCACAGGAGAGCAUCGUGCCUCGUGUUGCCACCUUGUCCGGACGAGCUGAGGAUUUGAUCACAAAGUCCGAUGAACCGACUUCAGGGUCCAACGGACUGGCUGUCCCCGCGGGGGAUGCCACAGACAUAUGGCAGAUUUGUGGUCUGUUGGCCCAGUCCCCAGCUGCACGGCCCGACUUCGUGGUGGUGACAGUGAUUGGGGUGGCGUCCAGUCAGAUUGCCGGCCCCGCAGUCGGAGCCGCCGUUCGAGUUCUACUCGAGGCAGGAUACUCAGUCACUGUGCGGACAAUGCCCAUCCACAGCGCUGGAGAUUCAGACGAUACCGCUGCGUUGGUCCUCCUGGCUAGCCCCAGGGGCACCAAGCCUCAAUGGAUCGAUGAGACGCUCUCGGACCUGCACCCAGCCAUGACGGAAGGCGGUUGUGUCGCGCGCAAGCAUCGCGCCAAGGCUGCCGCUUCGGGGCGAUCCGAGGGGACCGACACGGUGAACCCCCCAACUGCCACGGUUGACGAGCCAGCACAAGGCGCCCAGGCAGCACAACCUCGAAUGUUCGAAGACGCAGUGGCUCAUGCUGCGAAGCCAGUGGACGGGAGCGUCGUGGAUACGGCGCGCAGGAUCGCCACAGUGGUCACUCGCAUCAUCGGGGAAUUCGGCAAGGGCGUGCAGCCGCCAAAAGACGGCCCGCGCCCUAUCAUCGCGGACACCGAACGCGACCGCGGCAAGAGGGUGAGGGUGAAUACGGAUCCGGUCAUGGUAACAGGCCGACAAACUGACACUAAUUGA